AGACUGUUUUCACAGCACCCAGUUUCUACUGUAUUGCCUCCUUUCCUCUCUGGCUCCUGAGCAAGAGCUAAUUUCCCUGUAGGUAGUGCCAAGCAUUUGCGUCCCCUUCCCUCCCCAAGCAUGGUGCUGUCCUCAGCAGCUCUUUAACAUCCUCCUGUUAGGGAAGUAGCUCCAGGACCAGACUGGGCCAUGUGGCACAGACCCUGCUAAAACAGAGAGCUACACUUCAGCAUCCCUGAGCUGAAGAGUAGAGCUGAGCUGUAGAGCCUCCAGCAACUCUGUUCUGAUAGCAGUAGGAUCUUUGCAUGGUGCAGAUGUUAUCUACCUCUUCCCAUAGACAGCUUCACCUCAUGACUCUUUCUUACAAGGGUGAGCAAUGAUCCUUCUUACUUCUGUGGGACAGCUGCACACUGACAGGGUUUAGGACUGACAGACGAAGCAUCUGCCCAGAGAUGUUGUCUUUAAGAAUGGCAGGCAGGACUGCCAAAGGGACAAUUCCUUACAAGCUUCCCUAUAUUGGCAUGGAUUUGCCAAAAAAGAAAAUUCUUCUCUGGCAACGUAAUGAUGGACAUGAGGAUGCAACACAACAGAUAUACCCCUCCUCCUCCUGCCGAUCAGGAAAACAGAUUGUAGGUAAAAUGUUAUGUGAGAUAAGGAAAUACUAUCAGUGAGCAGGAAAUUUCUGUUGAACCUAUGAAGUGUAAGACUUCGUCCCUUUGUCGCGGCCUGCAAAGGUGCCUUACACAGGGGAUUCAGCUCAACCUUUGCACUGGCUUCUUUGCAACAGCUUCAGAAAUUGGUACAUACCAUAGAUACCAAAUGUUAGAGCUCAGUGACAAAUACCAAUUUGCUUGCUUUCCUCCCUUUUUUCCCCAGCCUACACAAGCCAGAAAUUCUGUAAGAAAAAGGAGGAACUGCAGGACAGUUUUGGGGAUGGUCCUGGGAAAAGAGGUAUGUCCUGUCCCUGUGAGGUGAUCACUGUAGUGGUUAUACCCUGCUGGGCAGCUAAACUCCACCACAACUGCUCUCUCACUCCCCCUCCUUAGAAGCAGAGAGGGAGAAGAAAGUAGAAAGUAUGCUGGAAAGAAAAAAAGGCUCAGAGGUUGAGGUAAGGAUAAUUUAGGAAGAGAGAAAAAAACAAGCAAAGGCCAUGUGGAGGCAGAGAGAAAGAGAGGAAAAAAAUUAUUCCCUACUUCCCAUCAAAAAGCGAUGUUUGGCUAUAUCCUGGGGAGCGGGGCCUAAAUAUGCGUAGUGGUUGUUUGGGAGGACAGAUGUCUUCAUAAUGAGAGCCACUCCCCUCCUUCUCCCUUCCCACCUUUUAUUGCUGAGUGUGACACCAUACAGUAUGGAAUAUCCCUUUGAUCAGUUUAGGUCAGCUGCCCUGGUGAUGUCCCCUCCCGACUUCUCGCCCACUGCCUACCUACUGGCUCUGGGGGGCUUUGGAGACAGUUUUGAUGCUGUGCCAGCACUGCUCAGCAAUAGACAAAACACUGGUGUGAUACCAGUGUUCUAGCUACAAGUGCAGAGCAUAACACUGUAUGGGCCGCUGAAGGGAAAGAUAACUCCAUCCCAGCCAGACCCAGUACAAUCACAGAAUCAAAGAAUAUCCCAGUUUGGAAGUGACCUACAAGGAUCAUAGAAUCACAGAAUCAUAGAAUUGUAGAAUCAUAGAAUGGCUUUGAGACCACCUGGUGAAACUAAACAAGUACAAGUCUAUGGGUCCUGAUAACAUACACCCCAGGGUCCUGAGGGAACUGGCUGAUGUGGUUGCCAAGUCUUUCUCCAUCAUAUUUGAAAAGUCACAGCAGUCUGGUGAAGUCCCCAGUGACUGGAAAAAAGGAAACACAACUCCCAUUUUAAAAAAGGGUAGAAAAGGAGGACCUGGGGAACUACAGACCAGUGAGCCUCACGUCUGUGCCUGGAAAGAUCAUGGAAAAGAUCCUCCUGGAAGCAAUGUCAAGACACAUGCAAGACAAAGAGGUGAUCUGAGACAGCCAGAAUGGCUUCACCAAGGAUAAAUCGUGUCUGACCAAUCUGGUGGCUUUCUACGAUGGAGUGACUGCAUCAGUUGACAAAGGAAGACUGACCAAUGUCAUCUACCUGGACUUCUGCGAGGCCUUUGACACGGUCCCACAUGACAUCCUGGUCUCCAAAUUGGAGAGAUAUGGAUUUGAUGGGUGAACUAUUCAGUGGAUAAGGAGUUGACAUAAAGGUCGCACCCAGAGAGUGGUAGUCAAUGGCUCAAUGUCCAGGUGGAGGCUGGUGAUGAGGGGUGUCCCUCAGGGGUCUCUCUUGGGACCAGUACUGUUUAAUAACUUUAUCAACAGCAUAGACAGUGGGAUUGAAUGCACCCUCAGCAAGUUUCCAACAGAAGGAAGGGAUGCCAUCUAAAGGGACCUGGACAAGCUUGAGAAGUGGCCCCACAUGAACCUAAUGAGGUUCAACAAGUCCAAGUGCAAAGUGCUUCAUCUGGGCCAGGGCAAUACCAGACAUGAGGACAGACUGGGAGAAGAACUCAGUGAGAGCAGGAAGGACUUGGGGGUUCUAGUGGAUGAAAAGCUUAACAGGAGACAGCACCUGGCCGCUGCGAUGGGUGCCCACCAUGGUGAAUUCUAAGUUAUAAAAGGUAGAGUUCUCAGAGGAGAGGAGAGGAAGAGAAAGGGAGGUGUUAAAGGGAGGAGAGGAUCCUCCCUGCGCUCCUCCCUGCCCUGCCGGAACUGCCCCACACAAACUGCCUGCCAGCAGCAUUCACAGCUAUAUUCUUCUACUUCAAGAAGCUAUCUUAGAAUGAGAAGGAUCUCUUUGGAGUUUUCCAUAACCUUACAUUGUUCACCAAAUCUGGGAUGAGUAAAAUGAACUAAGUGACUGGGGAUAAACACUGGUCAAAAGAUCUUGCAGAAGUCUCAUACAACAAGCUGUACAUGACCCAGAAGUAUUCCCUGACAGUAAAAACCAAAAGUACCUGGACUGUGUUAAAAGUAGCAUAGCCAGUAGAUUGAGGGAAGAGAUUACCCCUCUCUAUUUUUUUCAGCACUUGUUAGAUCUCAUAUAGAUAUAGCCUCCAGUUUGGAGCCUCACAGUAAAGGCAAGUUAAAUAUCCACAAAGUGGAGAAAAUUCAGUGGAAGGCCACAGGAUGUCCAAGUGGCUAGGGUACUUGCCCUGUGAGGAAAGGCUGAGGGAACUGAGUUUUAUCAGUCUAUAGAAGAGAAGGUUUGGAGAAGACCUCAUUGCAGCCUUCCAAUGAAUCUCUUUUGUACUGUUAACUCUACUUGGAGGUGAAGAACUCAAGAGAAAAGUCUCUUUAAAGUUUCCCUCAUCAGUAAGCUUGCCAUUUUCAAAAGAAUAAAAAAAAUGUUUGAAGAAAUAAGAAAGUAUGUUUUGAUGCUUUACUCUUUCUAGAUACCUUCUGACUGAAGAAAAAAAAAACAUAAAUAGGAAAUAAGUUAGCAAAAAGUCUUUUUUGUUUCUUUUUUAUGUAUUUAUUUUUCUUUUUAGUUUUCCCCUUUAACACUUUGAAGGCAAUCAGAAAUUAUGAAGAUGAGCCUUGAAAGCCCAUAAGUGGCGAACAAGCACCAAAACAUAUGUUUUGCCUAGAGAGCUUUCCCAAAGUGUCACUCAGAAGAUGCAGUAGAAAGACACAACCUGGAUGAAAUGUGCUGUGAAAAUGUCCCAGAGCAAAAUCUUCAAUUAUUUUUAUGUACUUCAAAAUGAUUUUCUUUUUCACAAUAGAAUUUCAUUUUACAGUUAUUUGAGCUGCUACAUUUGAGAUUUUUUAGAAAGCAUGGUUUGGUUAGCUGAAGCGUCUAUAAUGUUUCUGGUGAAUUCUGGAUGCAGUUUUUACAAAGGGAGUUUUCCUCUUACUGACAGGCUGUAGAUGUGUCAUCAGCCUUGCAGUAGUAGCUAGGGUGCUCUAUGGAGUGUCUCCACCCAUGGCAUUACUCCCCAGAGAUGCUUAGUAGACUGAAAUCAAUGCUUGGUACAGUUCCACCUUUGUCUGUGUCUGCCUGUCUUCAUAAAAGUCAAGACUGACCAAAAGGUAGUUGACUCUAGAAGGGUUUCUAUCUAACAUGAUGUUGUAGUCAAUGUAGGAGAUUGGUAAUAAAACUCUAACUACAGAGUAAAGGACGACUAAAUUCAUCAGGUAAUCGAUUUUCCAGUACUGUCAUUAAGUGUGCCUCAACCUGAAACAUGUUAGUUACUGACGAAUCCAAUCUGAGAGAAGGACCUGAACACAGACUGAAACCUCAUCAGUACCUAAUGUGUUCGUAGUUUGGAAAAGGUCUGAGUAGAAACCGGGCACAUAUUCAAUAUUACGUGUAGUGGUUCAUAUGUAAGUGAGUAGAUAAAUACUAUAUGAAUCUGCUUUAUUAUGGGUAAGGAAAAUUGAGAUUAUUCUUAUGAAUUGCAUUCUGCCUAAUCAACUUGUAAUAAUAGUUUAUUCACUAUGGUUUCCAUUCCUGAGGCAGGAAUUUUAUCUUUAUGCACAGUAUUUAACAAGAAAUUAUAUGACUGCUGUUGAAUCUGUGUGGAAGUUUGUAUCCUGCCGUAGCAAAGCAUUCUGAAAGUGUUAUGUGUUACCUUGAUGUAUUUGAACAGGACCAUGUAUAUGAGUAUUUUAAAAUCAUUAUUUAAAAAAAAAUCACCAAUGUAAUAACUACUGUUGAUUGUGUAUAUGAAUUCUUUCAGUGAACAGUAGAUCUUUGCUGUCUGAGUUCAUAUGUGUAAGUUUAUGUACUAUUUUUUAGCAUGCAUUAGUAUGAAUGAUAUCUAUUAUAUCUACUUAUGCAAUUUUUUAUACAUAUCCUUAUGAAAAGAUACAUAUCGUUAUGUGAAAGUGUGAAGAGUGGCUGUCUACAUGACCAUUUGCAAUUCAUUCUGUAUCUGUCUAUGUGAAGUUCACGAAAUACAUGUUCAAAAAUCUGUCUUGGGAUGAAUAGAGAACAGGAUGUAAGGAAGGAAGGCAGAAUGGAAGGUCAGAUCAGUAGUGACUUUGAUACUGCUCCAAAAUGUUUAUUUGAGAAACAUAAUCAUUAUAAAGAACAACUUCAGUACUUAAAAUUAUCACAUUCUGAUACUGAUUACUUUCUUAACAGACAAAUCCUGUCUUUUUCCAAAAGAUGGUAAAUGACACAGCAGUACUGGAAUUCAGGCUACUGGGUUUCAGAGGCAACCCACAGUACCAGAUCCUGCUAUUCAUAGUGUUUUCGGUUAUUUAUAUUCUCACCAUUUUAGGAAACUUCAUUAUUAUUUCAGUGGUGACACUGGAGCCACGACUUCAUUUACCCAUGUACAAAUUUCUCAAGAACCUCUCUUUCCUAGAGGUCUGUUACAUCAGCACAAUUGUACCCAAGAUGCUGGCCAAUCUACUGGCAGAGAGGAAGAGCAUCUCUUUCUCAGGGUGCAUGGCACAGCUUUUCUACUUCAUUACCCUGGGAGCCACUGAGUGCUACCUCUUGGCAGCAAUGGCAUAUGACCGAUACCUUGCAGUCUGUGAACCCCUGCACUAUAUUGUGGCUAUGACUGCUGAGUCUUAUACUCGUCUGGCUGUGGGCUCCUGGAUCACUGGUAUCUUCACUGGUUUUCUCCCCUGUUUGAUGGUCUCCAGAUUGCAUUUCUGCAGUUGCAACCUCAUUGAUCAUUUCUUCUGUGACAUCUCUCCACUGUUGAAGCUGUCAUGCUCAGACACCACUGUAACAGAAGCUGUCAUCUUCAUCCUCUCUCUCCUGGUUCUUUCCAGCUGCUUUCUGUUGAUUCUUGUCUCAUACCUACUUAUAAUCCUCAGUAUCCUAAAGAUCCCCUCUACUUCUGGAAAAAGAAUGACUUUCUCCACCUGUAGCUCACACCUCAUGGUUGUCACUAUAUACUAUGGUACAAUGAUUUCCAUGUAUGUCCGUCCCACCUACCGCCUAUCCUCAGAGCUCAGCAAGGCUGUAUCUGUGCUCUACACAGUGGUGACACCCCUUCUGAAUCCAGUCAUCUAUGGCUUGAGAAACAAAGGAUUCAAAGAGGCAUUGCAAAAAAUAGUCAUCAGACACCAUCGUCUUCAUGCUUUGUAAGCUGGGGAGACUUCAACUCUGACUCUUGUUAUCCAGGUUCUUUGUUAUAUUCUGAUUGCAGUGCAGGUUAUCUUAAUAACAUAUUACAGUAACAGUUGUUUCUGUUUUUAUAAAAAAUAAUUCAAGCCAGUUAUUACUGUUAACCAAAAUAAUUCCUGGCAUAUUUCUCAUGCUUCACUUUCCUCUUUUUCUUUUUCCUUUUUCCCUCUCUAUUUACCCAGCAUUUCAUUUACUUUUUAUUAACUUUAUAAUUACUAUCUGAAUUGCAUUUUAUAUUCUUGUUACUGCACAGGCACAAAUACAUAAGUUUCAUAUGUGCUUAUAAAGGUUAAAAUUUGUGUAUUAUUUAUGUGUUUCAUUGCCUAUAGAUGUUAGCUCGUUUUUCUCUUGACCAUUUUUGAUGUGUCUAUUGAUUCAGAAUAAAUGCCACUGC